AUGCCGAUCCUAAGCGAAGAAGACUUGGAACGGUUCAGAACAAAAGUAUGCACUCUGGCAUCUUCCAUGAAGUGUGAUUUUGGUGUGGAGCGAUGCAAUUACUCUCACAACAUUUACUGGGCAAGAAGAUGCCCCUUUUACCUCAGAGAUUCUUCAAUACUUCGAUACGUACCAGCAUGCUGUCCAGAUGUCGAAUUAGGAGAAGGAACUACCGUAUUGAGAAACUCAUGUCCAAGAGGAAACAACUGUUCAUUUGCACAUUCCCUUGAGGAAGUGUACUAUCAUCCUCUGGUUUACAAAACUGAAGUGUGCAAAGACUAUAGACUAGGCAAAUGCAAAACGUACUAUUGCCACCUGGUACAUGGACUGGCUGAAAUUAGGAUACCAAAGCAGUAUGUAAUACCAAAAAAGGGAAACUUGAACAUACCAUCAUAUCCAAAUGUUACAAUGGUCGAUAAUAUUCGGUCAUUCCAUAGUGAAACUGGAAAUUUUCAUCAAAGAGACAAACUUGGGAAAGCGGAACGAAACACUUCCAAAAAUGAAAAGGAUCUAUUUGCAGGAUUGACUGACAUGAAAAUAUCGUGGCUUUCCACAGAAUGGAGGACUGACAAAAUGGACUAUGGUGUUGACGGAUUCUAUCUGCCAAACAAAAGUCAAUUUGCGGAUGGUCUAACCAACCUUUCGGACAGUUCAAGAUUUAUCACAGAUAGGGGAUACGGUAGCAACCAAAUUAGAUCAUUGUCCCUCCCUGAAUAUAAACAUGACGCAAAUUUUGAUUACAUUGGUGAUUGGCCAAGAAUGGGUUUAAUUCAUGAAAGCAAGAGCUACGCUGACACAGAGAUAAAGCCAGAUGAGGACGGUGCCGAUACGUAUGGUUUUAUGGAUACGAGCGAACUUGGUAUAUCUAACAAUUCGAAUUCGCAUUUUUCUGGAAUGAAACAAACAAAUGAAUCUCAAGAUACAGAUCAACACGCAGAUACCAUUGUUAUGCGAAACAUGAAUACAUGGACUGUAGACCAAAAUUCUAUGGUAUCCGCCGAAACAAAUUGUGGGAAUGAAAAUGAAGCAACAUUAACAUUGAAUUUUAACGAAAGAUACGAAUCAGAGAUGAUCAAAAAGUUCAAAUCCGGAGAUGGUGAAACUAGCCUGGACGGAAUGUAUAGUGCAGUUUCCAAUCAAUGUGAAAUAAUAAAGGAGAUAUGCAAAGACUCUGGAAACAAUAAAAAAACUUGGACUUUGGUGGUGAGAGAAACCGAGGUUUUGUGGAAGCUAGUUAUGGAAGUGAACAGUUUUUUGUAUGGUAAGGCAGCUGGUCGGGAAGUAGAAACAUCCUUUUCAAAAAAUAGCCAGUUUCAAUCUGAUAAAAUCGGGGAAUCUGGAUUAGAUAUAUCGUGGAACCACUGGAGCGCACUCUAUAGCGAAUUGUUGGAAAAUAUUGAAGAUGAAAAGGUAUUAACCAGCAGCAAAGUACUUGUUGAAAGUGAUCAACCUUUACCCAAAAACGAUUCAAACGAGAAAAUGAAAAAAUAA